AAUAGUAUAGUAGUAUAGUAUUCAACAGUAUGAGUUAUUAAGUAAGUACUGUAGUGUUUUAUAGUAUACUGUAGUAUGUUUUCAUGUGGGUGUAUAUGAAAACAUACAACCUCUAGUUCAAAAGGGAUGAAAAUAUAUUUCACAAGGAAAUAGUGAGUUUGAUGUUGGAUUGCUGGAUUGCGUAGGCAUUUCUGUCUUGGUGUUUUUCCACUAUUGCACAUAAGGCAAGGACUCAUACAGAUGUAGGAUCUUAAUUUGAUCACCCUGUUGCAAGAGAACUUUCCUGCAAUGUCUGGCCUUCCUGUGUGUCUCAGGUCGACUUUGUGUCCUCCUGUUGGACGUGGCUAACAGGCUUCUCCAUCUUCUUGUUAAGCCUCUACAGAGGCCCCAUACUUUACAAAGCCUAUACAGAUGUAGGAUCUUAAUUUGAUCACCCUGUUGCAGGAGAACUUUCUAAACAUCAAAGUGUAUUUGAGGUUUAAAAAGGCUUGAUUAUCCCUUACGAAAAAUGUAUCAACCUCUACAAAAAUGUUAAUUAAAUAUAAUCCACAUAAUUCACAUUUCCUGUUGGUGCAGAAUAAUUUUUCUGCUGUAGCAAACUGGCUCAAAUUAAGAUCCUACAUAUGUAUUUCCCCCUGUGCCAGACAUAACCGGUAGAUCAUGUAUUAUCCUCUCAGUACAGUGCCAGCGGGAGCUGAUGGAAGCAUGCAAACCUUGCAGAGUAAAAACAAGGUUGAUUCUUAAGCAGUGCAUUAGGAGACGAUGGAGGACGUAAUAGCCCGCAUGCAGGAUGAGAAGAAUGGAAUUCCUAUCCGCACUGUGAAAAGUUUUUUAUCCAAGAUUCCAAGUGUUUUUUCAGGUUCUGACAUUGUACAGUGGAUGAUCAAAAACCUGAAUAUUGAAGAUCAAGUGGAGGCCCUUCACCUGGGGACCCUGAUGGCUGCCCACGGCUACUUCUUCCCCAUUUCAGACCAUGUACUCACACUGAAAGACGAUGGCACUUUCUACAGGUUUCAGACCCCCUACUUCUGGCCGUCAAACUGCUGGGAACCAGAGAAUACAGACUAUGCCGUUUACCUCUGCAAAAGAACAAUGCAAAACAAAGCUCGUCUGGAGCUGGCAGACUACGAGGCAGAGAGCUUAGCGAGGCUACAGAGAGCAUUUGCCAGAAAAUGGGAGUUCAUAUUUAUGCAAGCAGAAGCACAAGCAAAAGUUGACAAGAAAAGAGAUAAGAUUGAGAGGAAAAUUCUCGAUAGUCAAGAAAGAGCGUUUUGGGAUGUGCACAGACCAGUGCCCGGAUGUGUAAACACAACAGAAGUUGACAUAAAGAAGUCCUCCAGAAUGAAAAAUCCCCAAAAGACAAGAAAGUCAGUAUAUGGGCCUCAGAAUGAUGUGCGAACCCACAGCCCCACCCACACCCCUGCCCCAGAGGCCAAGCCAGCCACAGAGGAGCAGCUACAGGACCAGAUCAAUUAUUGGGGAGGGCAAUUAGACAGACAUCGACUGAAAAUGUCCAAAGUGGCUGAGAGUUUGUUGGCCUAUACAGAGCAGUAUGUGGAAUAUGACCCCUUCAUCACGUCGACCGACCCCUCCAACCCCUGGAUCUCAGAUGACACUGCAGUAUGGGAGCUGGAGGCUAGUAAGGAGCCAGGUCAGCAGAGGGUGAAGAGGUGGGCGUUCGGCAUCAACGAGGUUCUCAAGGAUCAGGUGGGGAGGGAGCAGUUCCUCAAGUUCCUGGAGUCUGAGUUCAGCUCAGAGAACCUGAGGUUCUGGCUAGCGGUCCAGGAGGUAAAGAAGAGGCCCAUCCGGGAGGUCCCGACCCGGGUUCAGGAAAUCUGGCAGGAGUUCCUGGCCUCUGGAGCUCCCAGUGCCAUCAACGUUGACUCAAAGAGCUAUGACAAGACCACCCAGAACGUUAAGGACCCUGGACGCUAUGCCUUUGAGGACGCACAGGAUCACAUCUUCAAGCUGAUGAAGAGUGACUCCUACAGCCGCUUCAUCCGUUCCAGUGCCUACCAGGAGUUGCUACAGGCCAAGAAAAAGAAAAGUAAGAACUUGUUUUGAAGGAUUUUACAUCCAGGGGAAAUCCCUUACAUCAAAGAGGCUGACCAACCUUGUGCCAUCAUGCUAAAAUACAGCCACUCUGCAAUAUAGAGGAGGACCAUUUCUACGUCAUUUCUACGUCAUUUCUACGUCAUUUCUACGUCAUCGCCAUCUGCUUUCCACUCAGACGAUGAGCUGGGCAGUACAUCAGAUGUUGCAUGUCCAAGAAGAAGGCUUGUUAUUUCUUUUACCUGAUCUAUAUCUACUAUUGGCGAGGACAUUCAUUUUGGGACAGGUAGGCAUUUUAGGACAGACAUUGAGACUGGAUAAUGCCUUUACAGAAAGUCAGUGUCCAGUUACUUCCACCAUAUCUGAUGGACACGCGUGUUCCUCUCCAGCUGAGCUAAUGAUGUCAGAGAGAAACGACAGCUUAACAGUAAAAUCUAAUCAAAAUAUUAUUAUUAUACAGUUCACGAUCUGUAAUCACACCUACUUUUGUCACGCUAAGGGAAGUGUUGUGCAGUAUGCAUAUAUAUAAAUUAUUAUGUUUAUUUUGCAUUGCUUUUAUUGCACUACAGUAAUUAGCACAGUUUUCAUUACAUGUGUAAAGUCUCAUUCAAGCUGCUGUCUUUUGUCUUCUGUAGAACGCACUUCUUUGUUACUCUCUCCUGCAUUUAUUUUUAUACCAUAUUUAAAGACACUUAAAAAUGUAUUAAAGUUGUCCCUUUAUCUGUU